AUGGAGAUAUCAAAGCUGAAAUCGUCGUCACCUCGCCUCCUCACGAUAAGGUGCGUGCUCGCUAUGAUCAAAGAACCACCCUCGGAGUGCAAGAGCAAUCUUAUUGUGGAGCCUCCGCCGAAGCUGCCCGGACGCCUCCACCGCGCCCUCAAGGAUGGGAAGGGCGCCGACGUCACGCUCCUCGUGGGCGGCACGGAGUUCAGCGCACACAGGUUCAUGCUUGCCGCGCAGUCCCCGGUUUUCGACACUCAGUUCUUCGGUCCGAUGAUGGAUAAGGACACACCGUGCAUGGAGAUUGUUGACAUGGAGCCGACCAUCUUCGAGAUGCUUCUUCACUGCGUCUACACAGAUUCACUGCAAUCGUGCAGUGACGGUGAUUACGAUGCAGCCACACUACAGCAUUUGCUAGUCGCCGCGGUCCGGUACGGGCUGGACAGGUUGAAGGUGAUGUUUGAAGGGAGGUUGUGCAAAAGCAUCGACGAGGACACCAUCAUGAGUACAUUGGCGCUAGCAAAUCAGCACUCCUGCGAGCGGCUCAAGAAUGCCUGCUUGGAGUUUUUAUUGUCAUCGCGGGAAGCCAUGGUUGCAGUCAUGAACACCGACGGGUUCCAACACCUAAUGGCAAGUUGCCCCAUGCUGGAGUUGCCUAAGAGUCUCGGGCAAAAAUUACCCAUCAAGAGGAAGCCAUGGUUUCAGGGACAAGAUUUUAAUUUCUUUAUAAAUCACCUCUUGCAUGAGCUUUAA